AAGCAUCAUUCUAAGAAACAGGAAGCCCCCAGGGUAAAGGGAGGCGGCCGGCAAGCUUGUGCUCCUUCCCACCUGCAUCUCCUACUACUCCUCUUCAAGGGAGGCGGCUAGUUUGUGCUCCUUCCCACCUGCCACCUUCUUCAUCUCCUACCUCGUCCUACUCCUAUCACAUCAUACCACACAGCAAUGGGGAGGUCUCCUUGCUGCGACGAGAACGGCCUCAAGAAGGGCCCCUGGACCACGGAGGAAGAUGAGAAGCUCAUGGAGUACAUCCAGAAGAACGGCCAUGGCAGCUGGAGAGCGCUGCCUAAGCUUGCAGGGCUGAACAGGUGUGGCAAGAGCUGCAGGCUAAGAUGGACGAACUACCUGAGGCCAGACAUCAAGAGAGGAAAGUUCACCUCUGCCGAGAAGGAUACCAUCCUCCAGCUUCACGCCGUUCUUGGCAACAAGUGGUCAGCCAUUGCCAAGCACCUCCCAGGUAGGACUGACAACGAGAUCAAGAACUACUGGAACACACACCUGAAGAAGGAUCUGAUCCAGAAGGGCAUCGACCCGACGACGCACCGGCCGAGGACCGACUUCUUCGCCGCGCUGCCGCAGCUGAUCGCGCUCGCCAACCUCCGCCAGCUCGUGGGCCAGCUGCCGUGGGACGACCCCGCCGCCGCGGCCGCCGGGCUGCAGCAAGCCGAGGCGGCCCAGGCAGCGAAGUUCGGACAGUACCUGCACCUGCAGGCGCUGCUCCAGCCUCCGCCGCCGUCCGCCGCGACUAGCCCCAGAUCAGGCUGCAUCGGCGGCGCCGCCGCCGCCAUGCCGGGCGGCGACAUGGAGCAGAUGGGCGCGGGACUGCUUAGCCCGCCGGCGAUGUCGUCCGCGGCCUUGUCGCCGAUGUCGACGUCGUCCUUGUCGCCGCUGCCUUCGCCGAUGUCGUCCACGGCCUUGUCCCCGUUGCCUCCUUCGAGCUUCUUUGGCAAUGGUGGCCAAGGCUCAUUCCUCGCUGGACAAUUGCCUAACAUCCAAAUGCAUGGCAGCUCGUUGUUCGACCAGUCGGCCGCCAUCAUCAACGACGCCAACCACAACCAAGAUUACGCUGCAAGCACUGGCGAGAGGGAGAUCAUCAAUGGCGCCACGAAGACGACGACGACGACGCUGCUGCCGGAAGGCUCUCUUCCGCCGCUCGCCGACUACCCCACCAUCUCCAACCUCGGUGAUGUCUACAGCACCCCAAGCUGCGAUGGCAACAUCACUGAAUUCCCUCUCUUGCCUGACGCCUUAUUCGACGAGUUGAUGAGAGACUAUGUAUCUCCUUCUUCCUCUUUUUAGCUGGCCUUUGCAUGAGCUUAGCUCUGGUUUGAACUGUUUGUGUUAAUCUUCAGUUUGAUUUUUCUAGUUAAGAGUUUUUCUUCUUCUUUUUUUGCAACAUACUUUAUAGUGUGAUUUUCACUUUAGUGCAUGGUUCCAGUUGGAAUUUUUUUAGUGCUAUAUAGUUUUUGGCAUAUGCAUUGGUUAUUCAUAGACAUCAAUGUAAUGCAGGGUCCUAAGCAUAUACGGCAUAUGCUGAACUUGUACAGAUUUUCCAAGCUUGAAUUAUUCCUGUUUUCUUGUUUUUGCAGA